CCUUGCCCCUUCUUUGCUUGGGCAGGCAAGCCAGAGCCAGCCGCGUGAAAGACACCGAGCGCAGACAGGUUGGAGUUGGACAUAACCUCUCCCUCUCCUCGGCGCCUCAGCCGGGCAUGGCGUGCGGCGGCAGGGGCGGCACGGGGUGGUCCUCUCUGCCGGCGGACCUGCUGCUCAGCAUAUUCGCCCUCCUCCCUGCCGACGCUCACCGCGUCCGUUUCCGCGCCGUCUGCGCGGACUGGGGCGCCGCCGCCGCCGCGUGGCGCCCGCGCCCUUGGCUCGUCGGCUCCCGCACCGACCGCUCCGGCCAGGGCGCCAGCGAAAUUUCGUCAUUCUGGCUCGCCCCCAGCGUCGCCCUCCUGCCCUUCGCCGCGAACGUGCCAUCGGGGCUGGAGUACCUCUCCUCGUCCCACGGCUACCUCGCGCUCUCGGACCCGAGGAUCAGCCCCAAGGUCAUCCUCCUCCUCAACCCCUUGACAGGCAGGCGCGUCCGCCUCCCGCCCAUCGGCUUCUUCAAGAAGUGGCUCGACUUGACCACCAUCGUGCUGUCGGGCGACCCCGCCACGGCCACCGAGUGGGCCGCGGUGGCCGUCGGGUUCCCGACGACCUGCCUCGCGUACUACAGCUCCGUCACUGGGGCGUGGACGCGGCUCGAUUUCAGCGUGACCGGCUACGCCGCUGUCGAGCACUACAGGGGGCGGUUCUAUGUGGCCUUCAAGUCCUCGAUCUGCAUCUGCGAGGUCGACGGGGACGCGCCCGCGGUCAUCCCACUCGAGCACGUCGACGCGAACGGCGACGCCGUCGUCUCGGACAACGACAAGCUCCCUGGCGAAGGGAGGCGCGUCGUCGAGACGCACCUGGUGGAGUGUGACCGCCAGCUGCUCCUCGUCUCGGUGCACGACGACGUCAUGUACAACUCGGACGACGACAUGGCGGGCGUGGACGACGGGGGCAUCAAGAUCGGCAGCGGGUUCGCGCGUGCGGUGGAGGUGCACAGGGUGGAUUGGCUCGGGGAUAGGACGGUGCGGCUGGUGCGCGUGGUGGACCUCGGAUGGAACAGUCUGUUCCUGGGGCGGAAUCGCGCGUUCGCGCUCUCGCGGGCGGAGUUCCCCUGGUACCGCGCUCGCGUCAAUCGCAUCUACCUCGUCGACCGUGGCCACCCGGACGGGGUCGUCAGGGUGUUGGGCAUGGAAAGACAGCGGGGGCGCCACCUGGAGAUCUUGACCAUCAAACCUGACGACGGCCGGCGAGAAUCGGCCGGGUGGGCGCGCCGUGGAUGGUUCUUCCCCAACUACUAGCCACUGUGGUCAUUUUGUCUCUAUGGGUGUUUUUUUCAUAGCCGCCUAAGCCUGGAUAGCUAAACCGUGGUUUCGGCAAUGCAAGUUACACUUGUUUGAUUGCAUUAGCUAGGAAGUAUUUGUUCCAAGUUUCUUCCUUCUUUGUAAGUCAUCAACACAUCCUUAAAAUCAACAUCCGAAGUAUAGUGUUCUUUCAUGGUUUUCAAGCCAAAAAAAUUGAAAUCAAGUUGUGAAAGCAUGAUGCAAC